AUGAGCAUAGAUUCCGGCGUCGCGGGCUUGGACAACCUCGAUUCCAGGCCAGCUAUCAAUACCAGGUUCCCCCGAAAGCCAGACAUCGAGGGAUCUACUUGCAGCCAUGCUUCCGAGGAAUACUACUCCGUCGGAUCAGACUUGUCCAGUCCCAGGUCAUCCUCAUCCAGCAUAGGAAGCCCCAGGGCAUCCAGUGCUUCGUCACCGUCAGCCUCUCAACAGCUAUCAUCAGUCCUUCAGCUCCCGGUGAAAUCUGUGCCAAAACAUCUCCAAGAAGCCCGCGCAGGUGCUACGAAGAUCCUAGGCCUCUACCGUUCAACCCUGGUCGAACUCGAGCUGAACCGUCUGAGUACCGCUCGCGUGGGCUUACAGGAUUGGAUCGACUAUUGGCACUCCGUCUACUCGGCCAAGUUUGCAGCUCUCCUUUGCCAGAAGAUCAUCAUCGUUAGAAUACACGUUGACUGUGUAUUCAAAGAAGCAUCGCAUGACAUCUGUGAUAUCAUCAACGAGGUGGAGGGGAGCCUGUCUGUGUCGAAAAGUCGUAAGGAAAUCAAAGCUCGAAUGGGGCAUUUAAGGGCACGGAUUCAUCGAGUUGUAGAUGAACGUCAAGUCAAGGCCAGCAAUCUGAUGGAACAGUUGAGAUGCGAUAUCGAGUCCAUCCCCGUCGAUAUUGCGGAUAUAACGUUCGAUAGGUUGAAGAAGCGUGUGUACGGGCUUGACCCCGAUGGUCGCUAUCAUCCUAACCCCAACGAGCCUGAUGCCGUCGACCCCCAGGACAUACUAAACGCCACGGUGUUGAGUUAUAUCGAGUAUCGAAGGCGGGAGAUGGCCGUUUCACGCAUGACGGCUGACCUUGAGCCGAUAUCUAAUGGUGACGAGAACGAUGGUGACGAGAGUGAUGGUGAUGAGAGCGAUGGUGAUGAGAGCGAUGGUGAUGAGAGCGAUGGUGAUGAGACCCAAGAGGACUACGAUGAUGACGAAGAGCAAGGGGAGUCUCUGGAUAACCCUGAUGGAAAUGCCAUACCUUGCUAA